CUAGUUUCCAUGAGGAAGAAAGAUGGCGUCUUCAUUUGAACUGGAGACACUCGAAGCUCUACUUGAUAAAUGUACCGACCCAGCAACGGGAAAGGAGGAUUGGCGAUAUAUCAAUGCAUUUUGUGACAGAGUGAACAAGGAUUAUGACGGGCCAUUGAUCUCCACAAGAAUUAUUAUCCGCAAGCUCCAGACCUUUGAGGAAAAAACAUCAUUAAUGGCUUUGUCUGUUCUCGAAGCUUGUGUGAAAUACUGUGGACAGAAAUAUCAUCAGGAAAUUGGAAAAUUUAGGUUUCUGAAUGAACUCAUAAAGCUUUUAUCGAACAAGUACGAUGGUUCAAGAACCGCAGAAGCGGUGAAGCAGAAGAUUAUAAAGAUGUUUUAUAGUUGGAGUGUUGGACUACCAAGUGAACCGAAGGUUAAAGAAGCAUAUUUGAUGUUAAAGAGGCAAGGAGUGGUCAGUUCAGAUCCACAGCUGCCAGGUCAGGUUGAACAGUACAAGCCGACCCCUCAACCAAGAAUGGCAGUUUUUGAAGAUGAUGAAAAAGCGAAACUUUUGGCAAGAUUAUUAGCGAGCAAACAUCCUGACGAUCUUCAAGCAGCCAACAGACUCAUAAAGAACAUGGUCAGACAGGAUGAAAUACGCGAGGAAAAGCUCAGCUUACGUGUGCAAGAGCUGGAAAUGGUUCAAAACAACACAAAACUUUUGAAUGAUAUGCUUUCGCAUUACUCCAAAAAUACAGGACAUUCAGACGGAGAAUUGAUGAAGGAGCUCUAUGACUCCUGUGAAAAAUUGCGUACAGAUCUCUUUAAGCUUGCUGGAACAGCGACAGAAGAGGGCGACGAUUCGCUGUCCGAAAUUCUACGAGCAAACGACGACUUGACGAAGGUGCUCGAAGAUUACCGACGUAUAGUCGGUGUUCCUGGUGAACCUACAAGUACAAGUACAAACACCGCACCUUCGGCUACAAAACCCGCUGACCAUUCUUCAAACCUCUCCUCGCUCAUUGAUCUGGAUAUGAGCGGUAGUGCCCAGACUACCUCCUCGGCCAACGGUGAUGUUCUUAUUGGGGAUUUACAGGAUCUAGUUUUGGGUCCAUCAACCUCCCACCAGUUGCCAUCACAACAACAACAACAGCAACAACAACAACCAAUACCUGGCCUAAACUUCCCCCCCGUCAUUCAGAACAUACCAGGCCCCAGACCACCACUUGCUCCAUGGCCGAACACGGCCGCAAGUUCUGGUAUUCCCACCGCUAGUGCGUCCGUGAACACGAUCAGGGGAACGCAACCUUACAUUUCUAGUAUGUCUCCCAUAAUGAUACCUCCUCCCCCCCGGCCACAGGCUAUGUUCCCCAGACCUCCACAGCCAAUGUCUCCAUCCGGGAAUAUGUCGUGGUCGUCGAACGUCGUGAACCGAAUGAAGGCCGAAGAUCCAAAACCGCGGGGACCCUCGCCAUUGGAUGUUUUAGGGCAGGAAGCUCUGACUGCUCACAAAGAGUCCCAGAGCAAACCGAAGAUUGAAAAUGCUGUGGCUGAGAAAAAAGACACAAUCCUGUUAGACAUAGGAGAUUCAAUAACACCACAACCUACACCAAGUAUCCCACCUCCCCCUGCCGCUGUCCUACCUCAAACGGACCGAAGCCUAAUGAUACGCCUCUAGCAAAUUUCAUUAUCUAUGGAUAAAAUUCAACCAGGAAACGUUCCUCCAAUGAAUGUGUUUGAUAAAAGUGAUAUUAAGACGGUGAUGCACUUCGCAAAGGAUUCAUCCGGCAGCCUCCGUACUGACAUUCACGUCGUUGUUGUAACAACUAUGAGCACUAAUACAUCACCAAUAAAAUCCUUCACCUUUCAAUGCGCUGCGCCAAAGUCAAUGAAAAUAAAACUUCAACCACCGUCCUCCAACGAGCUUCCUGGUUACAAUCCUAUUCUUCCACCAUCAGCAAUAACCCAAGUCAUGUUCCUCUCUAAUCCAGCCAAGGAUCGUAUUCGUUUGAAGUUCCGUAUUUCGUACGAGGUCAACGGCGCAAAGUCGAUAGAAACUGGCGAUCUCGAAAACUUCCCGAUUCUUUGACGAACGGAGACGAUGCUUAGACGAUGCUUAGACGAAUAAUUUUUAAGGCGCGAAAGGUAGGCUUGACAGAACAAUUUUCAAAAAAUGCAAUGUUCACGUUUUUUUCCGGCACAAUCAAAGAGAGAGACCAUUGGUCGUUUGCAACUGACUUUCAAGGUUAGUCGGAACAGUAUUUGAAGUAUUUGGCAUUAUUGAACCGGACAGUAUUUAAAUUAAUGUUAAUUGUUUCUGCAUGUUACCCGGAUAAAUCAGUGCGUGCUGUAUUUAAGCGGAGAAAAAUAGCCUUGUGAGACAGUUUUAAACAUAUCACCAUGGGCUAGGUUUGUGCAACGCGUUCUUAAGACCUCUAAAAGUUUGAGAAGCCCUCGUGAACCAUAGCAACAAGCUUUUUAAGGACACGACAGUGAUUCUGCUUACCUUGGAGUAAUUCUGGUUCACACUUUUCCUAAGAAUCGUGGAAUUCCUCUGUCUGAAGUCACAAGGGCAUAAAAUGCUUCGUCUAUCGGAAAAUAUAAUACAAUAAUGGAUCCCCGAUUCUUAGGAGCUAGUGUGGACCAUGUCUUAAAAGCAUGUUGUGUCCCCUUAUAUUGUCCCGGGCGAUUACUUUGUAUCACGAAAAUUUGAAUGAAUAUCCGUUACAUAGAAUGACAUGGAAUGUCAUUUAGAGUAGUACAG